AUGCCCGUUCGCAUCAUCUCCCCACCCCAGCACCACCCGAUCGGGUAUCUGAUCGUCGAGCCCGGCGGCGUCGCGGCGCCGCGGCGGCAAGACGGUGGUGGUCCCACCCACGAGCGACCCCACGCUAACCAAGGCGCCGGCGUGGGACGUGCACGAACAGGUAUCUUGGCUCGGAGCGGGGCCGUGUUAGGGGCUCUGGUGGGAAGGUUUGACAACGAGGGGGAGGGGCGGUGA